ACACCCCGUCAUCCACACCACAGACACACAACAGAGACUGCACUCAGGCACUACCAACAGCUGCUCCAGAAAGAGAAACAGAGAGAGCAACACAGAGCAGCAGAGAGCUAGCUAGCAGGCGAGCUUGCUUGUUGCAGGAGCAGCGAAGCAGCCAUGGCGGCGACGCGUCGCCUCUCUUCAUGCUGCCUUCUCCUCGCCGUGCUUCUGGGAGCCGUGGCGGCCACUGCCACCGCCUUCUUCGUCGACGAAGCGGCGGCUGCCGGCGUCGGGCUUGGCCAUGGCGGCCGCUUCGCGCGCAAGCAUGGACGUGCUGCCGCCGAGCUGCCGCAGCCGGAGCCACAACCCAAACCGGAACCCCAGCCUCAGCCGCAGCCCCUGCCACAGCCAGAGCCCAAACCUGAACCUAAACCAGAGCCCAAGCCACGUCCAGAGCCAAAAACUGAGCCUCAUCCAGAGCCUUCGCCGAAACCUGAACCUAAACCUGAGCCUCAACCUAAACCCAUAACGAAGCCAGAGCCAAAGCCCAAACCCGAACCGAUGCCCAAGCCUAUGCCUGAACCAAAGCCAAAGCCAAAAAAGCCUGAGCCAAAGCCAAAACCUGAGCCUAAGCCUGAACCAAAACCCGAGCCUGAGCCCAAGCCUGAACCACUGCCAAAACCGGAGCCCAAGCCAGAACCAAAACCUAAGCCUGAGCCUAAGCCGGAGCCUAAGCCUGAACCAAAACCUGAGCCCAUGCCAAAACCAAAACCUGAGCCUAAGCCUGAGCCCUAGCCAGAACCAAAGCCCGAACCGAUGCCGAUACCGGAGCCUAAGCCUGAGCCCAAGCACGAUACCCAAAGCACCGAGCACUAAGCCUGAACCCAAGCACAGAACCCAUACCCGAACCACUGCAACCUAAGCAUGAGCCCAAGCCGGAACCAAAGCCCGAGCCUAAGCCUGAACCCAAGCCGGAACCAAAACCUGAACCACUACCAAAACCAGAGCCUAAGCCUGAGCCCAAGCCGGAACCAAAGCCCAAACCAUUGCCAAAACCAGAGCCAAAGCCAGAGCCACUGCCCAAACCAGAGCCUAAGCCCGAGCCCAAGCCAGAACCAAAACCAGAACCACUACCCAAACCAGAGCCUAAGCCCGAGCCCAAACCAAAACCCGAGCCUAAGCCUGAGCCGAAGCCGGAACCAAAACCCGAACCACUACCUAAGCCUGAGCCUAAGCCUAAACCUGAACCAAAGCCCGAGCCCAAGCCGAAACCAGAACCCAAACCGGAGCCUAAGCCUGAACCAAAACCAAAGCCUGAACCCAAGCCGGAGCCCAAACCAAAGCCUAACCCGCCGCACAUCCCACCAGCAGCAGACAACUGAAUGAUCGAUGAAGAGUCUCCAUUAGCCAUUAUAGGGUAUAUGAAUAAAGCCUCCCAUGAGGACGAAGUUGUAGCAUGCAUUUGUAGGUGCUAGCUGCUACUUGCUGUACACCUAUUCUUUUUUUUUUUUUUUGCUUUGCGUCAUUUUUUAUGUAAUGCUGAUUACAUGAUUUUAGUGCAGUUUAGUUUGUUCCCUCUAUAUGAGCUUAUGCACUCGAUCUUGUUUUUUUUUGCUACA